AUGGCUGUCAUCUUCCUUGCUUUUUCUUGGUUCUCUAUAUCUUGUAGAUCCUCCACCAAGGAUUCAAGUGGAAUCCUUGUAGUUUGCAUCUGCAAAGGAGCUUCCUCCAUUUUUGAACUACCUGGCUGUUUAAGUGGAGGACCACAGUUGUUGAAUCGGGAAGCACUUGUUAUAUCAAUGCCAGAACUUGCGGGUUGCAAUCGCGAAACGGUCCCAAAUCUCAAGUUUGCACGGUGGCCGCCGCCAGUUUUCUGUGACCUGAUUUCAACGUUGGCGCUCUCAGUUGCACUAAGGAAUAAUACAUUGAAAAUGGCAGCAGCUUCAGUUUCAAGCAUGCAAAUUGCAGCUGUUAAACCCUCUCUUUUCUCAACUGGAAGAAUUAUUAGAGCAGGUGUGGCAAAUGUUGUCAUCAAUCAUCAAGGGGCAUCAUGGUCUAAGCUUUCCAGUGCUUGUCAUAUAUCAUCUGGACAGCACUUCCGCCGUACCUUCACAUCAUCGUCCUCAAAAUUUAAUAAAGUUGUCACAAAGGCAAUGACUGAAGCUGGAGAAAACAAGCCUGCUCCUGGAUUGCCAAUCAAUUUGAAAGGGAAAAGAGCAUUUAUAGCAGGUGUUGCUGAUGAUAAUGGAUAUGGUUGGGCUAUUGCAAAAUCGCUCGCUGCGGCAGGAGCUGAAAUUCUUGUUGGUACAUGGGUGCCUGCUUUGAACAUUUUUGAAACAAGCCUGCGACGAGGAAAAUUUGAUGAAUCACGCGUGUUGCCAGAUGGUUCUUUGAUGGAAAUCACCAAAGUUUAUCCCUUAGAUGCAGUUUUUGACAAUCUUGAAGACGUUCCAGAAGAUAUAAAAACAAAUAAGCGCUAUGCUGGAUCCAGUAAUUGGACCGUUCAGGAAGUAGCAGAAUCUGUAAAACAGGAUUUUGGCAGCAUUGACAUUCUUGUACAUUCUCUGGCUAAUGGUCCAGAGGUAACAAAACCUCUGUUGGAGACUUCACGAAAGGGAUAUCUUGCAGCAAUAUCUGCAUCAAGUUAUUCUUAUGUUUCCUUACUAAAACAUUUCCUUCCAAUCAUGAAUCCAGGUGGUUCUUCAAUUUCUCUCACAUAUAUUGCUUCUGAGAGGAUCAUUCCAGGUUAUGGAGGUGGCAUGAGUUCAGCGAAAGCAGCGCUCGAGAGUGACACAAAGGUUCUUGCUUUUGAAGCAGGGAGAAAACAUAAAGUCAGGGUCAACACUAUAUCUGCUGGCCCGUUAAGGAGCCGUGCUGCUAAAGCAAUUGGAUUCAUUGAUAUGAUGAUUGAUUACUCUCUAGCCAAUGCACCUCUUCAGAAAGAAUUAUCUGCAGAGGAGGUUGGAAACACAGCUGCAUUCCUAGCAUCCCCACUGGCUUCUGCCAUUACCGGUGCUCUUAUAUAUGUCGACAAUGGACUGAAUGCUAUGGGAGUGGGAGUCGAUAGCCCCAUAUUCAAAGACCUUGACAUACCAAAGGACAAAUAA